AUGCAUAGUCUAGAACCACCAAGGUCAAAAAAACGUAUUCAUUUAAUUGCAGCUGUAAAGGCGGUAAAGUCAAUCAAACCAUUCCGAACGACCUUAAGAUAUGAUGAAGCAAUCACAUAUAAUAAGAGUAAUGAAGAAAAGGAGAAAUAUACUGAAGCAUAUCAUAAAGAAGUUAACCAACUAUUAAAAAUGAAUGCUUGGGAAACAGACAAGUAUUAUGAUAGAAACUCGAUGGGUUCCAAGAAUAUGAUAAGCUCAGUGCUUGUAUUCAACAAGAAGCGUGACGGAACACAUAAGGCUAGAUUUGUUGCAAGAGGUGACAUACAGCAUCCCGAUACAUAUGAUCCGGGCAUGCAAUCCAAUACUGUACAUCAUUAUGCACUGAUGACAUCUUUGUCACUUGCAUUAGAUAAUGACUACUAUGUCACACAACUAGACGUAUCCUCCGCUUACUUGUAUGCCGACAUCAAAGAGGAAUUAUACAUAAGACCUCCACCACAUCUAGGAUUGAAUAAUAAAUUACUAAGUUUAAAGAAAUCACUUUAUGGUUUAAAACAAAGUGGUGCAAACUGGUAUGAAACUAUUAAAUCAUACUUAAUAAAGCAAUGUGGCAUGGACGAAGUACGUGGAUGGUCGUGUGUGUUCAAAAAUAGUCAAGUCACAAUAUGUCUAUUCGUUGAUGACAUGAUAUUAUUCAGCAAAGAUCUAAAAGCGAAUAAGAAAGUCAUAGCAAAUCUCAGAAUUAAGAAAAAAAAAAAAUUAAAGCCAUGA